CUUGGAGACCAAGCGCCAGAGCCGCCCCAGGAUGCCGCAGUAGCGCCUGCUGCUUGCCCAGGCUGCAAUAACUUGGGCGCUCCCUCGCAGCCCUGCCUGCGUCCGCCUCCUUCAGCGCCUGCCCCACUUGCAAGUAGGAAGCGGCGGCGGCUUGCGGAGGUGUUGUUGUGACCGGCGGGAGGCGGCUGCCCCUAGUCGCUUUCCUCGCUGAGAACGGGAGGAGGGCGCGCGCAGUCAAAACACGGGCCGCUGCCGUCGGAUGCCUGCGUUACGCCACGCCGGUGCUGCUGUUGAGGCCUGGGCUCCUCUGGAAGCGGUGACAGGGAAAGUAGACGCGCCGGAGUCGAGUGCUCGAUCAGGAGGAGGAGGUGAGGGGAUCGGCAGAGCAAGCAGUAUGGUUUUGACUGCAGAAAUGGGGAACUGGAAGACUGCUUAUUACCUGCAUUAAAAUGGAUUAAUACUAGAGUAAAUAAGGUGCUGACAGCAGUUCUUUGGCUUCUGCAUCUACAUAAAAAUGAGUGAAGUACAGGCGAUGGUAGAAUUCUCCGUGGAGCUCCACAAAUUUUAUAACGUGGAUUUGUUUCAAAGAGGCUUUUACCAGAUCCGUGUAUCUAUGAAAAUUCCUCCAAGAAUUCCUCAUAAAAUUGAAGCAAGUUUAUUACGUGCAACCAGUGCUGAUCUUGCCUUCCCAGCAUCAGUGCAUGAUAAUGUAAUCUGCAGCAAGACUUUUCAAAUUCUCUACAAAAAUGAGGAGGUUUCUGUGAAUGAUGCCAUGAUCUUCAAAAUUAAAAUGCUGUUGGAUGAAAGGAAGAUUGAAGAAUCCCUUAAUGAAAUGAAUUUCCUGCUCUCCUUAGAUCUCCAUUUCACAGAUACAGAUUAUUCGCCAGAGGACCUGAGCACAUUGCAGCUAAUUAGCAGCCGAACACUAAAGUUGCACUUUACCUUACACCGAGGCCUUCAUCACUAUGUCAAUGUUAUGUUUGAUUAUUUUCACCUCUCUGUCAUCUCUGUUAUAGUCCAUGCAUCUUUAGUUGCCCUUCACCAGCCAUUGAUAAGCUUUCCUCGUCCAGUCAAGAAUACCUGGCUUAAUAGAAAUGCACCACCACAGAGCAAGGACUCGGUGAUUCCUUCUCUGGAAUGUGUUGUCUUUGGAAGCAGUUACAGCAAACAAUUAUCAGCUGAUGGCUCCAGUUUUAUAAUAGCAGAGCCCUUCUUGAAUCAUGCUUACAAUCUCCACUACACACUUUGUGCCAGUUUGCUGCUUGCGUUCAAAGGAUUACACAGCUAUUUCACUACUCUAUCAAAAGAGCUGCCUUCUUGUCAGAAAUUAGAUGCAGCCAAGUCCAGCAUGCAGGUCCUUUAUGAGCGCCUACUCAGAAGAAAAUAUCUACGAAUCCAGGGAGACGCCUAUCUAGAGAACAUAGAUGUAGAUGUAGAAGCACGCCUGUCAGAACUUUGUGAAGAAAUAAAGAAAAUGGAGAAUCCUGAUGAACUGGCAGAACUCAUAAACAUGAAUCUUGCACAGCUUUGUUCACUUCUGAUGGCUUUAUGGGGGCAAUUUCUGGAGGCUGUUAACUUUCAAGAAGACGUCACUGCGUUGCUAGCACAAGAACAUCAUACAAUGCGUGUCCGUAGAUUUUCUGAAGCAUUUUUUUGUCUUGAACAUCCAAGAGAAGCAGUCCUUGCAUAUCAAGAACUACAUGCCCAGAGUUACCUUCAGAUGUGUACAGCAAUAAAAAGCACCUCCUUCUGUAGUUCUCUUCCACCUCUCCCAAUUGAAUGCAGUGAAUUAGAUGGAGAUCUGAACUCCUUACCAAUCAUCUUUGAAGAUCGGUAUCUAGAUUCUGUCACUGAAGAGAUGGAUGUACCCUGGUUGACAGCUCAUCAGAAGUCUGAUUCCAAAAAAACAGAUAAACUAGAUACUGAAGAAAAUUUUAUGGCUGGCUUUUCUAGCCCAGAGUUGAAAAGUAAACCUUUAGUUUCCUCCCAUACUUGGCAAUCAGAAAGUGAAAAGCAGUUUACAAAAUCUGCAAAGGGGAGAUGUGAAGAUGCAAAUAAAUCCAAAGUUAAAGUUACCAAAUUGAUGAAAACAAUGAAACCUGAACAUCCCAAAAAAAUUGUAAAACAAAAUUCUAAGGACUCUGUCAUCUUAGUAGGCUACAAAUGCUUGAAAACUGCAGCUCCAGAGGACAUUUCUAAGUGCUUUGAAGGCAUGCCUUCAUAUAACCAGAAAGAAGGGCUGGAUUCUACAGUUGGUGGGCAUACUUUCAUACGACAACUUAGUCAAAAAGAAUUUAGAAGUUUACCAUCUAGAACUGAGCAAAAAACUACCAAACUGGAAGGGGGUGAGGAAAGACAAUGUAGCCCUGUCAUCUCACAGUGUGCCAAUUCAGUCAUUUUUGGUAAAUCUGAUACCGCGCAAGCAGACAUGGGGGGUUCUCAAUGGGAUAGCUGUUUGACACCCAGAAGUACUGUUGAAGAAUGUACUGGUCCAUCAGGAGUUACAAAAAUAGAAGUAAAACCAUAUAGUAAGAAUGUUUACGGGGGAGAGAAAGUAUUUGUUCGCAUUGGAUCACGGACAGACUUCUUACAAUGGGGAACAUGCGGAGAGAACUUAAAGGAAGUCACUGUUGAAAGAUCAGAAUCUGAAAAGAGACCUAAAACAGAAAAAGAGGAACUACUGCUUCAAAAGGAAGUUGGGCAAGAAGCAGAUAUCCGACAUGCUGAGGAUUCAUCUGCAAAGGUCACAGCUGAUCAGUCCGCUCUUUCAUCAAAAGAAGCUCCUCCUGUCGUAAGUGGAGAUGUUCUUAAGCUACCUGAUGUUAGCCUGACCUAUGCAUCUUCCCGGUUUUCAGAUUCUGGUGUAGAAAGUGAACCAAGUUCUUUUGCAAUGCACCCAAGUGCAGAUGUGGGUUCUGAAACACCCCAAAAUACAUGCAACAGUGAAAGAAUCCUUCCUCAGAUUUUCUUAAAACCUGAUUGUAUUAUUAAAAAUCCAGUAGAAAGUCACUAUACUGAGAGUACAAGUGCUGUUAGUGAAAUACAGUCCUCUCUGACAUCGAUAAAUUCUCUCCCUUCUGACGAUGAUCUCUCCCCUGAUGAAAACUCAAAGAUAUCUCUUGUGCCUGAAUGCCAGUUGAGUGACAGCAAAACUAUAUUAGACCUGGGAGCAAUUGACUUGACAAAAUGUGAUGAUAGCGAAGAAACGGAGGUUCUGCCAUACCAAUGUGUAGCAUUUUCAGAACAGUCAGAAAAUGAAACUGCAUUUCUGCCUUCUUUGCCCUCAUCUAUACCAGGUCCUUUGCAUUCAGAUGAAGAUACAUCCACAGAUAUGAAUCCCUACAAUCCACAACUAAAUACUGAUGCAGUUUGUAAAGAUAUUGAGCUACUGGAGAGAGACUUGCAUACAAUAGAAAAAGCAACUGAAAUUCCUUCAGGAGUUGUUUAUUUAGGGGAGUCAUGCAUUGUUUCAGGUUCGAUAUCUACUUAUGCUGAAGGUGCUGUGAAGAAACCAAGUGAAGGACAUUUUAAUGAAUCUUUAGAGCAAAAACCAAUGACGGAUAAAUUGUCAACUACAAAAAAUGAAAACCUCACAAGUGUGACUAUCCUGUCAUCAGAAGGAAGUACUGAUAUGUUGAAACAAGGACUUGUAGAAAACUAUUUUGGCUAUCAAAGCUGUACAGAUAUUUCCAAUAUAUAUUCUGACAAUAGCAGUACUGUAAGUCCCCAGAGGGGAACAGUUUGUUCUGUUUCACUGGAGGAGGAGGAGGAGGAGGAGGAGGAGGAGCAAGAUCAAGACAUGGUUGAAAAUGGUUACUUUGAGGAAGCAGAUGAUAGUAAUUUAUAUGGUGCCACAAAUGAUUCAGAUGAGAGCUUGCCAUUAGUAAAUCAGGCAGCUAUAAGAACGGAAAGGAUUACUAGUGAAUUUUUUGGAAAUGAGAUAGAUAGGACUCCACUGUGUAGUACAGAUAGUUUGGUUUUCUCCUCUGCAUUAAAAGGCUAUCCAUAUGGUGGGUUAUGGUCUUCAAAGGACAAAUCUAAUACAGUUCUCAAGCAGCCUUGCAGUACAUCCUACAAUACAGCUUCAUCUCUCCCCUGGUAUGAAUACUCCCCCAAACCUCAAAUGCUGAUGUUUCUUCAGGCUAAAGAGGAACUGAAGCAACUUCAGCUCCCUGGAUUUAUGUAUAGUGAUGUUCACAGACUGGCAUCUUCAGUACCCUAUUUCAGCACAGAAGAGGAGGAAAGUACAGAAGAGGGAGUGCAUCUCAUAGUCUGUGUGCAUGGCCUAGAUGGUAACAGCGCAGACUUAAGAUUAGUGAAGACUUACAUUGAACUGGGCCUUCCUGGAAGUCGUAUAGAUUUUUUAAUGUCUGAGAGAAAUCAGAAUGAUACAUUUGCUGAUUUUGAUUCUAUGACAGAUCGACUUUUGGAUGAAAUAAUACAAUAUAUUCAAAUUUACAAUCUAACAAUUUCAAAAAUCAGUUUUAUUGGACAUUCAUUAGGUAACUUAAUAAUCCGUUCAGUACUUACAAGACCUAGGUUUAAAUAUUACCUCAGCAAGCUAUACACCUUUCUUUCUCUGUCUGGACCACAUCUUGGGACACUCUACAACAGCAGUGCUCUUGUUAAUACAGGUCUCUGGUUUAUGCAGAAGUGGAAAAAGUCAGGGUCUCUGUUGCAAUUGACCUGUCGAGAUCAUUCAGACCCCCGGCAAACAUUUUUGUACAAACUUAGUAGAAAGGCAGGUCUUCAGUAUUUCAAAAACAUAGUAUUAGUAGGAUCUCUGCAAGAUCGUUAUGUCCCUUAUCAUUCUGCCCGCAUUGAGAUGUGUAAAACUGCUUUGAAGGAUAAGCAGACAGGUCCAAUAUAUGCUGAAAUGAUCCAGAAUCUUCUUCUACCUGUUCUUCAAAAUAAGGAAUGCAGUUUGUUUCGUUAUAAUGUGCAUUGUGCAUUGCCGAACACAGCUGAUUCUCUCAUUGGAAGAGCUGCACACAUUGCUGUUCUGGAUUCAGACAUAUUUUUAGAAAAGUUCUUUCUAGUUGCUGGCUUAAAAUAUUUCCAAUAGGAAUAAAAACAUUGUAACAAACCUGGUUAUUACCUCAUUAACAGAUGAAUCAAAUAAUAAACUAUAGCUGCAGCUGUAUUUUAAGAGAUAUUUAUACUUUUUUAUAUGGAAGAUAAUUUAUAUCGUCCAUGUGAAGAGCUUUUUAACAUCAACUUUACUUUCUAGGUAAUGUGGCUGUGCAAUAUUUUUUAUGUUCAUUUUUACUUUUUCUAUUUUUCUUAUUUUGGGUACCUAAUUAUUUCAGAACUGAGAUUUAAGCACAGUUAUGUACAGUUGGUGGGUUAGACUACAAAAGGUCAAUGUUAUGUGAUUAUCUUUGUAUGCGUCUUUGGAUGCCAAAACAAAUCUGAAUUUUAAUAAGUUUAAGAGGGUAUUAAAUUUGAUAGUUCUGUUUAGUAUGGUAAAAAGUUAAACUGGAAAACUGCUGGCUGCUAAAGAACUAUGAUAACUGUAGAUCUGUUCAAGACUGCUCUUCAGUCACCUAUUUGUUAUAUCACUACAUUGUUUUCCAGAGGAUCAUUACUUAACAUGCUAUGCCUGUGGAAACUACAUUUUUCUACUGAUCUCAGUAGCAUGUUGGUUUACAUUUUCAUCUUUAUUACUGGAACUUCAGUUUUCAUAAGCGAGCGGCAAAUAAGGAUUUUUGAAUGUUGAAAUGUGAACUGCCUUCACAUGGAGUUUUGCAAAGUUUAAUAACAUUGCUAUGUCGGUUCAGUUCUUCAGUGAACCUUUUACAUGGGACUUCUUGUAUGUACAUUUUUUAAAAAAGUAAAGGUUAUAAAUUUCUGCAAUACUUUUAUGAAUAUAGAUUUUUAAAUAUUAAGUUUUAUUGAAAACAAAUCAUUGUAAAUAGAAAUCAGUUGCAUCUUGAAAUGGAACAAAAUGGUAAACCUUAGUGAUACUGAUGUUUUUAAUAUACAGGAAUGUUAAAGCUCUGUUGAAUUCUUAUUGGUGCUGAACAGCAUUAAGUUCAAAUAUUCUUCCCUUUUUACCUGUUUCAAACAGUAAUGCACUUAAAGGUGAAGAGGUCUUGUGCAUUCACUAAUUGUAAUGAACAGAUUUCCUGAAGAUACAAAUUUGUUGUAUAUCUAGUGCAUGUUUAUUUUUAGUAUUGUCUUAUUGCAUCUAGUGUUAAUAAAUUGAACAAACUUCUAAGAGA